AAAGUGCGCGUGUGGGAUGAAGAUAACGAUCUGAAGAGUAAGUUGAGGCAGAAGUUAACCAGAGAAUCGGAUGAUUUUCUUGGCCAAACCAUCAUUGAGGUUCGAACGCUGAGUGGUGAAAUGGACGUUUGGUACAAUCUUGAGAAGCGAACAGAUAAAUCGGCGGUCAGCGGUGCGAUUAGGUUACAAAUUAGUGUCGAGAUUAAGGGUGAAGAGCGAUUGGCUCCUUAUCAUAUACAAUAUACGUGCCUUCACGAACAUCUUUUUCAGGUGAUCUCUUUGCUUCGCUGUUGUUUUUUUUUUGUUUUCAUUGAUCGUUACGAUUUAGCGAUUUAG